UUGCACUGUAUUUUAUAAUAAUGAACAUGAAUCAGAAAAUUAGAAAAAUGUUGUUUGUAGUAAUACAAGUAUUUUCUAUAGCAGCUAAUUGAAUAAAAUGUUAUUGGUCACCUUUUAUAGUUUUCAGUUUUGUUUCUUAAUGGUUACUAUGGUAUACAAAUAGAAACAGUAAAAUAAAUAUAUAAUUUACUUCAUAUAGUAUAUUUUUUAGAAAAAUUCUAGACCCCACUAUUAUGUUCAUAAUAGUAAUAAUAAUAACUCAUGUAUAGGCUAAAUAUUCGAAAGGAAACUUAUAAGCAAUAUGUCCUAUGCAGAACAUGGUCCUCGAAUUUUUUUAGCCAACAGAUCUAACGGCGGAACACCUCUAAUAUACGGUGAUUAUGUUUUGCCCAAAAAGCGAAUAGAAGGUCGAUUAAAACUAUAUGAUUCUUGUUCAGAUAUUAGAGCUUGGAGUCCGAAUUAUGUAGAACAUUCACGUUACUUUCGUGAACUUAACGAAAAUGGUUCACCAGUGGGGAAAAUCAUACCAUUCAAUGUUGUGAUUGAUAACAUAAUUCAAUUAAAUUCACAAACUCAGAAUGAACUCCAAAUAGUCAAAAAAGAAUUAGAAAAAUAUAAAAGCCUUCAACUUUCUCCUAAACAAGAACAACAAUUACGAAGUUUAGAAAAUAAACAAGAAAUAAAAGAAUUGUUGCAAAAUGAUAAUUGUACAUCACAAUUAAAAGAUGCAUUUCUUAAUAUUAGUAAAUCAGUUCCUGCAAUUAAUUCAAAUUCAUAUUUAUCAAUUCAUGUACCCUUCAGAAAACAUUUUCAAAAUAAAACUAAAGACAAACCAAUUUUAAGAAUUCAACCAAAUGAGAUACAUUCUUAUUCUGCGACUGCAGUUGAUCCAUCUUUAAAUAAUAGUAGUUUAGUAUCAACAUAUCAAAGUAUUAAAUCACUUAUUACUGAAGGUAUAAUAAACGAAUAUCUAAAUAUUUUUAAUUUAUUUACUUUCAAUUAUGAACCCAAUUUUUCAGACAUAAAUGAUAAACCAGCACCCUGGAUAGAAUAUAUCGACGUAGGUGUACAAGUGGAUAUAAAACCAUGCAACAUAGAAAAGAUUGAUAAUCAGAUAGAUAAAUAUUUAAAUAAAACUUCAAGUUUAACACCUGCAAUAUCACGAGCAUCAUUUACACCUAAAUACAGUGAUCAAGAUACCACUAUAACGGAAUUGGACAGCAGUAGUAUACAAACAAAUAAUGACAAAGAACAAAGUUUUGAAUGCGAUGCAUCUUGUAGUGAAAGUUCACAAAAUAUUGAAACAGAAUGUAGUUUUGAUUCACAUCAAAGUACUCAUAAAGCGAUUAUUAUUCAAAAAGAUUCAGAAAUCAUUUCUUUAGAAUAUAAAUUACGUGCAAGAGAUGAUGAAUUAGAAGAAUUACGAGACGCAAACAAAGAAUUGAAAAUAUCACUAAGUACUCAACAAGAGAAUCUUAAAAUGAUACAUGACAGAUUCUUCAAAUUGUACCAUCAACAUAAUUAUGAAGUAGAAAGUUUAAAGCAACAGCUUCAUGAUUACAAACAUUUAAUAGAGCAACUACAAAAAGAUUUAAAUGAUAAAUGUAAAACUUGCCAUUUACAAUCUCAAGAAAUUGAAAAACUUCAAUUAUGCAACAAAGAUGUAGCGAUGCUACAAUCAGAGAAAAAUUGCCUUUUAAAAAAAUUACAAGAAAUGGAACAAUCUAUUAAAAACGCUAAAACUUAUAAUUUGGAAAAAAUAAAAUGUAUCUCACAACAGAAAGAUGAACUUGAAAAACAAAAUUAUGAACAAAGUUGUAUGAUAACAGAUCAAGAAGAAGAAAUAACUCAAUUAUUAGAUGUGAUUAAAGAAACGUCUAUUACAUAUGAAGAACAGAUGAAGACAAAGGAUAUGUUAGAGAAUUUAAAAGCUGAAAUUCAUAAUAAGAAUAUUAAAAUUUCUCAAUAUGAAAAGCAAUUAGUUUCUAUUAAACAAGAAAUUAGUGAUUUCUUUAAUAAUUUGAAACACGCUUUAAACAAUUUGGAAGAUCUCAAUGGUUCAUGUGACGAUGUUUGUAACUGUGCAAACUGUGAUUUAGAUAUUAAUGAAGAAGCCAACAAUGUGUUACUAAAUAUAAAUGUUAUUAUGACAAGAUUUCAAAGUUAUAAAAUAGAAAGUCAGAAUCUUUUACAACAACUACAAGAGUUAAAACAAUGUAUAGAAAAUAAUAAACAACAAAUUCAUCUGAACCAAAGUUUAGAAAAUAUAAUUUGUGAAGACUGUUAUUAUGAAUCUGAUCUAAAACUUAAAAAUACAAGCGGGAAGAAUAAUGUAAUUGUGCUUAGUAUUGAGCAAAAUAAAAGCAGUGUAAAUGAAUUAGAAUUUGAAGAUGAUAUUUCUACUUCUAUUACAAAUCACAAUUGCUUAGAUACAACAAACAACAAUUUCAACUUUUAUAAACAUGAAACUGAAUGUGACAACCGUAUUGUAGAAUUAAACCAAAAAACUAAUGUUGAUAAAGAAGGAAAAAAGAUCCUCGAAUAUUUUUCACAUUUCCUGAUUAAACUGCGUUCACUUACUCAACAAAUGAAAAUAUAUGUAGAGACUGAACGUCCAUUCAUAAUUAAACUGAUUUACAGUUUUUACGACAUUCUCGAAAAUAUUCAAUCAGCUAUUAAUAUUUCUCAGGAUAUUACAAUGAGGAAGCAACAUAUCUCUAACUUAUAUAAUCAACAUAAAGAAGAAUAUAUGAAGUGCGCUUUCAAUAUUAAAGAGUUACCUCCUGGUUUAUUGAAGAUACAAAACAAAAUAAAUGAAUUUAUUGGAACCAUUCUAUGGCAAUUGUUAGAUGAAAUAUUACAUAAAGAAAGAAACACUUUGCACGAUAAACAAAUUAAUCAUGCAUUUGAAAUGUACUUCAAAUCUUGUAUUGAUAGAGUUAAUAAUGCUCUUCACGGUGCUGGAGAUCAUCAUAUUCAAAUAGUUGAAGAAAUUGAAAAACAGCAAAAAGAGUUACAAAAAAAAGAUACAGAAAUAGCUCAGUUAAAAGAGGAAGUGGCACAGCAUUUAGCAAGGAGAGGAGAAGGCGAUUGCUUGCAUCAAAGGGAAUUAGAAAAUAGUAUUGCAAUUAAAGAACAAUUAUCAAAAGUGACUGCAGAGCUUAGUAAUAAAAAUGGAAUUAUAUUAAAAUUGAAAGACCAGCUUCAAAUAUUUAAAAAUGAAUUAUCCACACACAAUAAAAACCGUAAUGCAUUGAAGAAAAAAAAUAAGAAUUACAACAAUAUUAAAGAUAAAAAAUGUUUAUUGUUAACAGUGAAGAAUAAGAUAAUUAAAAAUUUAUCCCAGCGAUUAUCCGAAGUAAAUGAUGUAAAUGUUAAUAUGACGAGCAAACUCAUGGAAAUAGAAAGAAAAUUAUGUGACAUAAAGCACGAAAACCGCAAACUACAAGACCAAAUUAUGCAGGCAGAUACGAUUAUUUCAAAUAACAAUAAAACUAUAAUUAAUUUAAAAGAUAACAUUGAGAAAAAUGAAAAUAUUGUAUUGAGAAACAUCACAGAACAUCAAAACGUAGUAAAAGAAAAAGAUUAUGAAAUUGUGAAACUGAGAAAUGAAAAUGAAUUGUCAAGUGCAAAAUUGAAAGAUAUGGAAAAUAAAUUGAUCAAAAUGAAUCAAACAAUUACAUCUUUAACAGAGCAACAUGACAAAAUUAAUAUCAUAUAUAUGAUGCAAGAAGAUUUUGCAAAAUUAGAUAAAAGCGAGAAGAAAUUAAAAGCUGAGCUUAACAGUCUAAAAAUGCAAAUUGUAAAUGAUCAAAAUAAUAAUAAAAAACUUAAUAACAAUUUGGAUACGUUGAUAUCCGAAAAUGAGAGCUUACAAAAAUCUAUUGAAUAUUGGAAAAAUGAAAACUCCGAAUUAUCAAUUAAACUCUGUAAUGAAGUUACUGAUGUAAAGUUGAAGAAUCAAUUAUAUACUCUUUCAAACAAAAUACUCGACAGGUUAUCAAUUCUUAAAAAACAAUCUACUGUAGGAGAAAAUUUACCAACUCAUCAUUUUAAUGAACACUUGCAGAAUAAGCACACAAUAUAUCAAGAUCAACUGGCAGACAAUGAUGCUAAUGAUGUUAAUAAAAUUAAUUAUAUAAAUAGAAAUUUAAAAUCAAAGUCUAAAGACCCGGAAAAAGAAAUAAAAGAAAACGAGAUAGAAGAAAUUGAGUUACAAGAACAGCUGAAUAUCGAAAAUACAGAAAAAUAUAUAAGCUCAAAUGACUGUAUAACAUUUGAAUUUGAAUCUUCGAAAAACAAUAAUAAAAACAUAAAGCACAAAGCAAAGUCUGACAAAAAUGGGCAUUAUAGAAAUAAAAAUGAAAUUGAAAAAUUAUUGAACGAAAUUGAAAUUAAAAAUUGUAAAAUAAGAAAUUACACAGAAACUAUACAACAUUUAACGCAAGAAAAUACAGAUCUUCGUGCUAUUCUUAAAACUCAAGCAGAAGAAUAUCAAACUAAAUUGGUAUUAAUGAAGAAACGAUAUGACAGCAGUUUAAAUGCAGUUAAUGAAAGACAUAAGGAAAGCGUUGAAAUUUUACAAAAACAAUUUGAAGAUAAUUUAAAAAGUGAAAGAAUUUUUGAACCGGAAAAUUGGUUACAAUCGCUGAAUAUGAAAGAAUUAGUAGAACUUUACGAACGAAUAAGCGUAAUUAUAAAUAGCAAUGAAAAUUUAAUAUGCACAAAAAAUAAAAAUCAAUUUUUCUGUGAGAAGGAUGUACAAAAACAAUUUUAUACAGAAAUUCGUGAAAUAGAAGAAAGAUUGCAUAUGACUGAAAAAAAUAUGUAUGAAAAAACCGAUAGAAACAAUAUUUUAAAAUUAAUACAAGAUGAUUCACCUGAAAAACAAUGGCCACUUACCAUUUUAAGUGAUAUGCAAAAUUAUCCAACUUUACAAACACAAGACGACAAGCCUAGUAUGGAGCACAAUAUUAAGUUUCCGUAUUGUGAAGAGAAAUCCCCAGUACUAGAAAAUAAAUAUAAAAAAGAAAAACAAGCAGAAAAAGAUAGUACUUUUGAUCAGCAGAGAUGGAAUUUUAUAAAUCAAUGCAGCGCAUACCAUAAAUUAAGCAAUAAUUACGAAUAUUCUCGGUCUAUUCAUACAGAUUAAUUUCGUUAAAAACUUUUUUUAUAACAAAGCUAUUUAACACAGUGAAAAAAUAAUUUGAAAAA